AUGAAGUUCUCCGCCUCCGCCAUCGUUCUCAGCGCCGUCGCCCAAGUGGCCACCGCCCACUACUUCUUUGACACCAACCUCAUUGGUGGUGUUGCCCAGCCGCAAUUCAAAUACGUCCGCCCUUCCACUCGCAAGGUCGCGUACAACCCCAUCAAGUUCUCCUCCAACCCGGCCGCCGACAUCCGUGAUGGCUCCACCGCCGACGGUCCCGACAUCGUCUGCAACCAGGGUGCCGCUAAGACCGGUGGUAAGGUCCAGGUCCUGACCGUCAAGGCCGGCGACGACGUUACCGCCAAGCUCGGUGUUGGUGCCAAGUUCCAGCACCCGGGCCCUGCCCUGGUCUACAUGUCCGCUGCUCCCGGCAGCGUCCAGUCUUACGACGGAUCUGGCGACUGGUUCAAGAUCUUCGAUGAGGGUGACUGCGGCAGCGGUGACUUCACCAGCAACUCCUGGUGCACCUACAACAAGGACACUGUCACUGCCACCAUCCCCAAGGACACCCCCGACGGCGAGUACCUCGUCCGCUUCGAGCACAUUGGUGUUCACCGCUCCCACGUCAACCAGCCCGAGCACUACGUCUCCUGCAUGCAGGUCAAGGUUACCGGUGGUGGUAGCGGCAAGCCUGGCCCCAUGGUCAAGUUCCCCGGUGCUUACAAGGCCACCGACCCCUACGCCAACUUCAGCAUCUACAACGGCCGCAAGGCCUUCCCCAUGCCCGGCCCUGCUGUCUGGAAGGGUGGUGCUGCCGCUGGUGGCUCUUCCUCUGCUCCCGCCAAGGAGGAGGUCUCCCCUGCCCCUGCCGCCCCCGCUGCCCCUGCUAAGUCCACCAUGGCCACUGUUGUCGCUCCCGCUCCUGCUGCCCCUACCAAGGAGGCUACCCCCGCUGCUGGCUGCGCUUCCAUGUACGGACAGUGCGGUGGCAAGGGCUUCACCGGUGCUAAGUGCUGCGCCAAGGGUAGCUGCAAGGCUGCCAACGACUGGUACUCCCAGUGUGUCUAA